AUGGAGCCCGCAGCCUCCGCUCACGGCCACCCCUUCCAGCUUCGCGACCCAGGCCCACGCGGCUCAACCCAACCAACCAUGCCCCGCUGCCUGCAGAGCCAUCCUGCGGACCCGGACCCGCCGCCAGCCCAUGCUCAACCACGGGCGCAAGCGCACGUCCAGUCGUUCUGGAGCUCCGCCCCGGGAUUCGCCCGGGGCAACCUGGGACAUGUAGUCUACCCCUUCAGGAAGGCGCCGCGGGGUCACGUGACAAACGCACCAAUUGGCGCGUUUCUUAUUGAGGCACUGCACCGUGUUUUGGCCAAUGAGAGGCCGUUUUCGUUUUCCUCAGGGCUUUGCAUAGUGGCUGUGAUGGCGCCACCCGUUCGGUACUGCAUCCCGGGCGAACGUCUGUGUAACUUGGAGGAGGGCAGCCCAGGCAGCGGCACCUACACCCGGCAUGGCUACAUCUUUUCGUCUCUUGCUGGCUGCAUGACGAAGAGCUGCGAGAACGGCGCGACUCUUUCCCGACUUGACUCUAAGAUUCAUGAAAGCAGGCCUCACCACCAUACCUUCAGGGCACAGCACAAGGUAAAUGCUCAGUCAACAUUUGUGGAAUGCACAAGUUCCAGAGCCGAACACAGUGUUAACUCAGGAUCGGAUACGCAGUCUUUGAAGGCGCAGCUUAAAGACAGGUCGGACUAGAAAGAGGGUUCAGGAUUAAAACACGUAGGCGCUGGCUAACUAGACCUUGGUUCUGCUUUAUCGAAGAAACACACUCUCUGGCUUCACGUUCUUCCUCAUCUGUAAAGGGAGGCUUUUCAUUCAGUUUUGGGAAUGUCCUUAACAUUGGUAAGUGUGUUCAUUUCCUAGGUAUGGACAUCUGCUGAGCAUGUUCAUAUGUCAGGCUCAUGCUGACCUCUAGGGAUAUGGUAAUGAGCCAAAUACACAUGGUCUCUGCUAUCAAAGGGCACAAACCCAAAUUGUAAAUAAAUAAAUGCUCAAAUUAAUGUAUGGUUACAAAUGUGAUGACUGCUUUAACAGAAUACUGCCGGGUGCCAUGAGAACGUGUCAUAGGUAAACCCAGCCUAGUUAGCGGAAGUGACAUUUAACCAAUCUAAAGGAUAAAUAGGAAGAGCUCAGUCCUGGCAAAAAGAACAGGUUGAACAGAGCUCCUGAGAGGGGAAGAAAUUUAGUGAGCUGGUGAACUGAAGGCCAGGAGACCCGAACCAUAAUGAACAAGGGAGAAAUUAAGAACAGAUGAGGUUCAAAAAUACUAUCUACCAUAUACCAACAGCUAAUUCCAUGCUCAAAGAGAAAACUCUACAAGUAUUCCCCUAAACCAGAAGCAAACAAGUAUGACCACUAUUAUAUAACAUUUAUUUGGAAAUUCUAGCCUGUAUAAUGAAAAAUAGAAAGAAUAAGCAGUAUAGCUUUGGAAGAAAGAGUCAAAUUAUCCAUGAUUAUAGGCAAGAAAUUUUAUACCAAGUAAUUCCAAGAAAGUCACACUCAAAAACUUGUUAGAACUGAUCUGAAAUGGUUCGAUUAUGUCUUCUUCUAACAGCAUCCUUUCUGUGGCCCUCCUAUUUUCUAAAAUUUCUAAGGCUUUCUGCUCUUUGCUACAAAUGAAUCUGUAGUCCAUCUGCCCUCAUAGGGUCAACUAAAGACCAAGACACUCCUAUAUUACACUUAGCCACGAAUACCUCUACCCAAGGCUUAGCCAGGAUACUCAGGUUUUAUUGUUUUCC